GGAAAUUAUGUUUGACGCAUCAUCACGUCUGAACUACUGGGCUGAUUAACUUGUAAUGCUGCUUAUAAAUUCUCAAUCAACCGAGGAUUCUUAUAGGCCUAUUUUUAAUUCUUCUGGAUUUCAUUACGUCAAGUUUUAAAAUAGAAUCUUGCGAAGCACGGGUUAACUGCUAGUGCACAUCUUUCUGAAAUAGACACAAUCUGAAAAUUUUCUAUCCGAUGAUGACGUCACGAUUUGGAGAUAUGGCAGUAGAUGUUGCCCUCAGAGGCUAGACUUCUCAGCGUGUCUAUUCUAUAACUGGUCUAAGAUAAUAGUAAUAGGUUAUCUUGAAAAAGCAUGGCAGGAAUAGACGAAUUAUCCAAGAAUAUUGUUGUGGUACGUGCAAAACCUGAAAGAAAAGUUUUCAAACCAGUGAAAUCUGUAAGUAAAAUACCUACUCAUAUAUUAAAAAAUGUGGAAUUACAAUUGGCAAUUGACAGUUUGCCAAAAAACUACAAUUUUGAAAUUCAUAAAACGAUUUGGAGAAUCCAGUCUACUCAAGCCAAAUGUGUAGCACUGCAGAUGCCAGAAGGGUUAUUAAUGUUUGCCACUACGAUAUGUGAUAUUAUUGAAAGGUUUACUGAAGCUGUUACAAUAAUCAUGGGCGAUGUCACUUAUGGAGCGUGCUGUAUUGAUGACUUUUCUGCCCGUGCAUUAGGAGCUGAUUUUCUUGUACAUUAUGGCCAUAGCUGUCUUAUACCAGUCGAUCAGACAGUUGGAAUCAAGGUUUUGUAUGUUUUUGUUGAUAUUAAAAUAGAUAUUCAUCAUUUUUAUGAGACAGUAAAGCUGAACUUUGAUGUUUCCUGUAAAUUGGGAUUUGUUAGUACAAUUCAGUUUGUAACAACACUUCAUGCCGCUGCUAAUGAUCUUCGCCAGCAUGGGUAUCAUAUCAACAUACCUCAAACUAAACCUCUUUCACCAGGAGAAAUUUUGGGCUGUACUUCAGCAGUGAUAAAAGAUGUUGACAGUUUGAUCUAUCUUGGUGAUGGAAGAUUCCACCUAGAAUCCGCUAUGAUUGCCAAUCCCGAUUUAAAAGCUUAUCGUUAUGAUCCUUAUGAGAAGAAGCUUACAAGAGAGUUCUAUGACCAUGACAAGAUGCGCGCUGUACGGAAUGGAGCUGUGAUGCUAGCUGCUGCAGCUAGAACAUUUGGCCUAGUUCUUGGUACACUUGGUCGUCAGGGUCAUCCGAAGGUUUUACAUUAUAUUCAGAAAGAGAUAGCCAAUCUUUCCAAGGAAUCGGUCAUAGUUCUACUUUCAGAAAUUUUCCCGAGUAAACUCAAACUUUUCACUGGAGUUGAUGCUUGGAUUCAAGUUGCUUGUCCUCGUUUAUCCAUCGACUGGGGCAUUGCUUUCGAUAAGCCUCUGCUUACUACUUAUGAAAGCUCAUUAGCUCUGGCUCAAGCCCAGAUAACAGGUUCGUACCCUAUGGACUUCUAUGCAAAUAAUAGUCUUGGCCCUUGGACUCCAAAUCACAAGCCUGAUACUUGUUGUGGAAAAGGCUGUAACAAAAACUUGGAAAAUAAAUCUUUAGAGUGAUAAUAA